CCACCCUCCCCGUGUCCGUGCCCCCCGUGUCCCCCCGCAGUUUUCGUCUGCCCGGGGGUGCCGCAGCGCGUGGGGCCGGCGCUGUCCACGCACGAGUCUCCGCACCAGGCGGGCGGCUGGUGCCGGGACCCGCUGCAGUCGGGGGACCGGCUCUACGUGCUGCCCUGGGUGCCGUACCGCACCGACACGCUCACCGAGUACGCCUCCUGGGCCGACCUGGUGGGCGCCCGGCCCGCGGCCACGCACCGCCUCCCGCACCGCGCCGACGGCACCGGCUUCGUGGUGUACGACGGCGCCGUGUUCUACAACAAGGAGCGCACCCGCAGCAUCGUCAAGUACGACCUGCGCACCCGCAUCAAGAGCGGCGAGACCGUGGUGGGCGCCGCCAACUACCACGACACGUCCCCGUACCGCUGGGGCGGCAAGACCGACAUCGACCUGGCGGUGGACGAGGAGGGGCUCUGGGUCAUCUACGCCACCGAGGGCAACGGCGGGCGGCUGGUGGUGAGCCAGCUGAACCCCUACACGCUGCGCCUGGAGGGCACCUGGGAGACGGGCUACGCCAAGCGGGCGGCCUCGGACGCCUUCAUGGCGUGCGGGGUGCUCUACGUGGUGCGCAGCGUCUACCUGGACGACGACACGGAGCACCUGGGCAACGCGCUCGUCUACGCCUUCGACACGCGCCGCGGGCGCGGCUCGGCGCUGGCGCUGCCCUUCCCCAACCCGUACCAGUUCGUGGCCUCGGUGGGCUACAACCCCCGCGACAACCAGCUCUACGUGUGGAACAACCACUUCCUGCUGCGCUACGGCCUCGACUUCGCGCCCCUCGACGGCGACGGCAUCGCCUCCUUCCAGUGCCUGCUGGGGCUGGGGGUGUGGAACCCCCGCGGGCCCGACCUGAGCAACUGCACCAGCCCCUGGGUCAACCAGGUGGCCCAGAAGAUCAAGAGCGGGGAGAACGCGGCGUCCAUCGCGGGGGAGCUGGCGCGGCACACGCGGGGCCCGGUGUUCGCGGGGGACGUCAGCUCGGCCGUGCGGCUGCUGGAGCAGCUCCUGGACAUCCUGGACGCGCAGCUGCAGGCGCUGCGCCCGCUCGAGAGGGAGUCAGCGGGGAAAAACUACAACAAGAUGCACAAGCGGGAGCGAACCUGCAAGGAUUACAUCAAGGCCGUGGUGGAGGCCGUGGACAACCUGCUGCGUCCCGAGGCGCUGGAGUCGUGGCGGGACAUGAACGGCUCGGAGCAGGCGCACACGGCCACCAUGCUGCUGGACGUGCUCGAGGAGGGCGCCUUCCUGCUCGCCGACAACGUCAAGGAGCCCGCGCGCUUCCUGGCCGCCCGACAGAACCUGG